AAACAUCUCAUUUAUAACAUUUUCAGUUGUUAUUUAAGAACAUUAUUAGCAUUUACCAAAACUUUAUAUCAUUUUUAGAUCGAACUAUUCAUGGAGUUUCAUUGGAAGGCAUUUUCAACCAUUCUUCAAUUGAUUUUGUUAAAGUCUAUCAUAAACUUAGAAUGUUUUUGUUCUCCAUUACCUGAUGUGACGUAUAAAGACAUCGAAGAUUUGAAUGCAACAUGCAAGGGAUUAGAUUCUUGUGUAUUACCAAGAAGAGAGAACAUUAUUGAACAUUGCAACUGCGGUGCUUCUUGCAAUCUUAUGGGGACAUGUUGCGUGGACUCGAAAUAUAGAAACAAAUACAUAGAACCACUAAAAAACAUAAGGUGCCAAGAUUUUAACUAUCGUAAAAAAGUCCGUUCUUUACCUAUGAUAAGCAGUUGCGAUUCCAAUGUACUAUACGAUGAAACUACUGAAAAUCUUUGCAAGAGCAGUGGCGAAGAGUUAAACGAUCCAUUCUUGAAAAUACCCGUUACCGAUCCUGUAACAGGUAUUUCAUACAAAAACCAUUAUUGUUUCGCUUGUAAUAGAAAUAAUGGAGAAGAAAAGCCAGUACCAUGGAACUUAAAAUUGAAGAGUGAUUGCAUACAUCAAAAACUGAAAAACUCAACAAUUCCUAAGCUACACUCUGAUGGUGAAAAAUGGUUCAUAACCCUUGAACAGGAAAUUGCAAUCGAAGUUUAUUUGCAUACAUCUAUUCCGGGAAAACUGAAAAGUAUUGUCCCUCAUUGUUACUUUCUUGUGUGGUCGGAAUGUGCUUCGUACUGGUCUGGUGAUCCAAACAUUAAAAGAAAAUGUGAGUCUUCUUAUAUGGCUCUAACAAGAGUUCUAAGCAGUGAUGGCACAUUUUAUAUAGAAUACCGAAAUCCACAUUGUGCUGUUUGCAAUCAUCAUAGUAUUGAUGACAUGGAAUGUCUCCAAACGGAAACAAGCUCUGAAGAUUCCAAUGAUGAUGACGAUAAUGGCGAAAGUGAUGGUGACGAAGACAAUGGUGACGUGAGAGAUGGUAACGAUGAUAAUGACGGAGACGAAUAUAAUGGUAGUGAGAAUUAUGAUGAUGGAAAUGAAGGCGAAAAUGAUGGUGACAAUAAUGAUAGCGACGGAGAUGAAAGUGGCGGGGAUGAUGGUGACGAGAAUGAAGACAGUGAGAAUGAUGGUGACGAAAAUGAAGAUGGCGAAAAUGAUAGUGACAAAAAUGAUGAUAACGAUGAUGAUGAUAGUGACAAAGGGGAUGGUAAUGAGAAUAGUGCUGAUGACGAUGAAAGUGAUGACAAUGAAAACGACCGGAAUGGUGGUGAUGAAGAUGAGGGUGAUGAUGAUGAGAGUAGUGAAAAUAAUGAUGACAAGGGUAAUAGUGACGAGAAUUAUGAUGACAAUAAUGACAGUAGCGAAAAUGAUGGUAACGAGGGUGAUGACGAUGACUAUGAUAAUGACGAGGAUGACAAUAAGAAUUCUUUGAAAGACGGUAUCUUUUUUGUUAAGUUAUACAAUCUUCAGAACGAAACGGAUUGUAAAGACAACAUGGUGUAUGAUUAUUUUGCAAAGAGCUGUAGAAAAAUGCCGAAAGCACAGUGGCGUAAGAAAUUCGGAUAGAGAAUACUGCAAAAACACUUAAAGUGAAAAAGAUCAAGCCAUUCAUGGAGUUACAAUGGAAAGCAUUUCCUAAAUCUCUUCUAUUGGUUUUUUUCAAGACUCUCAUAAGCUUAGAAUGUUUUAAGACAAUUUUAUCUGACGUUACAUACAAGGAUAUUCAAGAUUUG